AUGCGGGCCCAUGCUUCGACACGUGCGCAGCAACUGCUCCUCUUCCUGGUCCAAAUCCACGCUGCCGAGUGCGGUGAAGGCGCCUCAGAGGCAGAACGCCAGACAACGAGGAGCUCGAAGGCACUUGGCAGAGCGGUCCACAGAGUGAGCUGUGGAGUGGCGCAUGCAGAGGAUGUCAGAACCCAGGCAGGUCGAUCGUUUUUCUUCUUCGUCGAUGCGGCCGGUGGGGAGUUUCCUUGCCCCAUGUGCCGAUCUGUGGCGAAUUGUUUGAUCCCCUGCGGCCCUGACGAGGAGUUCCUGGACUCCGGGGACGCAUCUUGGCAACCGGAGGUCACGCACUCAACCUCGGCCCCCAGCCGCGUGCGGCCGCCACUUCCCGCCUUGCAGUCUGCUCUGCCUAUCUCUGCCUGCGUGUGCGCGACGGGCGAGCAGGGCAGGAGCGGAGGCUAG